AUGUCACCAGCUCAUGCUAUGACUUUGGAAGAGGUCGAAUCGAAACCUUCUAGUAAAGCUAAACAGGCAAUUGGAAGAUAUGAAGAGAUAAAGUUAAAAAAGGCAACUGAUCCGUACUGGUUAUUACGUAUAUACAAGAUCAAAAGAGUUGUUGUCAGAAGGAAUCCACCACAAAUAGUCGUAUAUUAUCUUGAGAAUGAGCCUAUUGAAUCCACUGCUCACUUGAUAGGACAGAACCCCAAGCAACCUUUCAAAUAUGAGGAACUUCAAGUAAUUGAAGAACCUGAUAAAGUUGAGUAUCCGCCAGAUGAAUUUAUGCGAAAAUACCACCCUACUGGAUUUAUCUAUUAUGUUAAUGCUUCCAGAAAGAAAUUCCCAUCAUGUAGGCCAAUUUUUUUGGAUGUAAUGCAACUCGAUAGAUAUAAUGAGGAAUUACAACUAGCAUUCGAAUUUUAUGGUCGACAACACUAUGCUCUUAAUUCUAUGUUUUAUAGGAGAAGCCAGAUAGAUUUAAACGAGCAAAAGUCAUGA